AUGUAUCCUUCCAGAUUUCCUUCACCUCCCUGGUUCUCAUUCACGCGUUCUGUCAGUCGCAUUUUCAAUCAAAAUCAGGAACUAGGUCCUUCACGCCUUCUCACCUUUUAUCAUAAAACCAAACCGAACACACCAUCGACAUUUGUCACGCUGUCUCCUCGAACGAGGAAAUCAACAAAGGAGGGGGUUGCGCAAAGCAAUGCCCCUCCUUCGCAAGGUCGCCCGCAUCUCGCCGGCCACACUCGUAAAAGUGAGGAUUCCCACCGUAAACACCUUCAGCGUGAAGAGGGAGGAUUGCCGUAUGCCAGAUCCACCGAAACGUCGAUAUGGGCGGAUGAUGGGGAGGAUGAUCGGGGGAACAAGGCCAAGGCGCCUACCCACGAUCUACAACCGGGCUCUACGGUUAAUACUUCCCACUCAAUCCCUCCCCGCUCAUAUGGCAUACCCACCGCAGCUUUCAACGACUACCAAUUGGCUCCUUUGAAUUGCAAUACCCUCCUUACACACCACCUUCCAGCCAAUUCGAACUUUGCAACAGGACAAAUGUUUCCGCAGAUGCCAGUGCCGUCAUUUGGACCUUUCCCAGUCAACUCACUGCCUUCACUGCCUUCACUGCAGAUGGACCAAUUGAUAAGCAGCCCACAGAGAGACCAAGAAAAAGUGAUUUUCAAAGCAGCACCAAAGCCCACUGCGAAAUACCUGGCCCGAGCAACUUCAGUUGCGAGUAAAUGUGAUCCACAGCCGUUGUUGGUAAUCCUCGAUAUGAACGGUACUCUUGGCAAGAAAACAAAAAAAGGAGGAUUCAUCAUGCGUGAAGGGCUUACAAAGUUCUUGCAAAAAUUGACCCGCAAAUAUUAUGUGAUGAUCUGGACAAGUGCCACACCUCAAAUCAUGUACAGAGCACUCAACCUAAUCUCUGAAAAGAACAGAGCAGGGAUCAUUGCAGCAUGGGGCCGUGAUACGCUUGGUCUAAGCAAAUUGGAGUAUCAAUCCAAUGCGCAGGUCUACAAGAGACUUGAAGUUGUAUGGAGCGAUAAAACCAUCCAAGCUUUCCACCCUAAUUCUAAAACAGAGAAUGGCAAAGUUGUAAGCCGCUGGGAUCAGUCCAAUACAGUCUUGAUUGACGACAGCACGAUCAAGGGGUGUGCUCAACCGUACAAUAUUUUCGAAAUCCCCGAAUUUACUUCUUUACAUGCUGACAAGCCCGGUGUCUUUGAUAAUGUCUUCCAUUCUCUCGACUAUCUCUCCCGUCAUGACGACGUUAGCAAAGUUUUGCAUAAGUGGGCGGUGGGUGCUAUAGUGGAUGAUGAAGAAUCGGAUUUCAUCGCAAGACAAAGAGCUCAAGCAGUUCAAAAAAGAGCAGACGCUACAGAUGUUACUAAAUCUGCUGCUAGAGAAUCCAAAAAUCUUCGCAAGAAAGGAAGAAGGGAGACUAAAGAUGCUGCUGACGCCUUGGCCGAAGCUACUAGCACCACUCAAGAUCCCCCGCUAUCAGUUGCCGAUUCGGUUGCAUCUGCGAACUCUCUCUUAGAUCGCGUCGAAGAAGGACUGGGAUUCAAGAAGCGGCAACGAGAUGAAUAA